AUGGCGUCUCCACAGUGGUCUACCUCCAUGCUGUUGGCUUCACUGAUCCUCCUUCUUUACUGGACGACCUCCUCUGCUCAGUCACAUGACUCCACCUCCAACGACCUCUCAGCCCUCGACAGGUUCAAGAGAAUCCUGUCUGAAGACACCAAAGACAAAACAGAAAAAGUCCUAAAUGUUGUAAAAGACUCUCUAAGUGUAAUGAAAGAUGUGUUGGAUUCCAUUAGAACUGACAAUAUAGCAGGUGUGUUGAAGGGGAUCUCUGGCUUUGCCAGCUUGGCGCCUGGCAUCGGAUCUCUUGUCUCUUCAAUCAUUAUGUUGGUCUUCGUUUUUAUCCCUCAGCGUGACCCGUUGAAGGAAGGGUUUGCUGAGGUGAACAGGAAACUGGACUCUCUCUCCCUCCAGAUCUCCAACCUGGCAACAGAUGUAGAAUGGUUCAACUACGCCAGCGUCUAUUCUCAAGAUGAGGUCCGCAUCCUCAACGCCUGGAAGAAGUUUGAAGAGUUCCGUGAGAACAGUGGGUUGGUAAAAACUGCUGAAGACAGACUCCGACUGGCAGAGAUAUUCACCAACUACUAUGAGAACACAGCAGUUGAGGCCAGUGUGGCCAACCUCUACCAUUACCUGACAGUCAACAGCACGUCUCUCAGUGGAAACCUCAACAAACUGCUGAGGAAGAAGUUUAAAUGUAACAUUGGUGAGAUUGGUAAAUAUAACAUAUAUUUUAGCAGCUUGUUGUGGAGGGGUAUGGUACUCAACCAGCUCUACUGGGAUCUGAUUGGUUUUAGCUCAUCAAGAAAACAAGCUGUACAAACUGAGAUGUUCAAGACCGUCUCUGCAGCUCAAAUAUCAGCUGUGAAGUUCUGUAUGAAAAACUAUACACAGUACAUGGAGAAGGACAUGAAGGAGAUCAGCAAUGAAAUGAGUUCUGACAACAAAACCGCCAUUGCUUACCAGGUGAAAACAUUUCUGGACAAAAAGUACAACUGGUAUAACUGGGUGGUGCUGGCGUUUAACACAAACCAGAAGUCAAAUUUCAUCUUGUAUGAUAUGAAGGAGUUCCAUUCAGCUAAAGUCAUUGUGGCUGUCAGCCCCACCCUGAAAGCAGACAAGUUAUUAGAAGACAUUUUUAAGAACCUUGGCAAUAAAUGCUUUAAAGAUAAACAAUGUGAUCAAGUGCCAGAGCUAAUAAAACAAUGUGUCCAUACACUUGAUGAGCCUAUGGGAAAUUAUGAUCGACUCACAGACUUUGUCAAAGUGACACAUGCCACCUAUGACGACGACUUUGCUCAGUUCCCAGAACCAUUUCAUACAGCUAAAUGUAAGUGGAGUAAAUGGAGUAGCUAUACGAUUUCAAUGUACUUCUCCCGGAGCUUGAGUGUCUGCAGUCAGAGAUGUAACAAUGGAGGAAAGUGUGAGAAGCUGCUGGACUCCAAUGAAUGGCUGUGUAACUGCCCAGAUGGUUUCUAUGGAGACAAAUGUGAAAAAAUAUUUAAAAUCAGCGAGUCUCCAGUGGCUGAUAUAAACCAUCGUGUGCCUGACAUCAGCACCAUUGACAACAAACUGGUCAAGAUGGAGUCCAAACUGGAGGAGGUUCUCAAAACUAUCAAAGAGCAACGUCCCCGUCAGUAG